AUGCGCUUUUCUGAGCCUCCAAUAUCUUUGGAAGCUCAGACCACUAUAGUAAAUUUAGUACGACGAUUCCUCGCCGCGAAACCAGCAGACGUCGUCCUCCAUAUUCGGAUGUUCAAACUCCUCCGAGAAGCCCAAGAGUGGAUUAUCAACCGCGAUGAGUCCUUCCCCAACUAUGCGAACAACCCAAGAUCAGCACGCCGCCGGGUACAUCAAUUAUUCGGUGUGCCUGUUCAGCCCUCGCCACCAUCAGUGUCAUCAAUGACGACAAGCGUCCGUGUCUAG